CGGCAAAAGUCGGGAACCGGAUCGAGUGUCGCGAGAGUUGAAGGCCUCCUGAGAGUCAGCGUGAGCAGACAGGAGCGACAGAGAUAGAGCCAGAGAUAGAGUGAGAGCAGAUAGAGGAACAAACCGGGCCGAGCCGAGCAAACAUGUCCCCCCGUUACCUUCUCUGCCUGCUGGCGCUCGCCUUCUUCCACAGCUCCGUGGGAGCCGAACAGCGGAAGCUGUCUCCAGACAAUCUGCUGGUCAUCACCGUGGCAACAGAGGAUACGGACGGCUUCAAACGUUUCACGAGGACAGCGCGAGAGUUCAACUACACUGUGAAGGUGCUGGGUCUGGGUGAGGAGUGGAAGGGAGGUGACGUGGCUCGGACAGUGGGUGGAGGUCAGAAGGUGAGAUGGUUGAAGAAGGAGCUGCUGAAGCACUCGGAGGACACAGAGCGCAUCAUCAUGUUUGUGGACAGUUACGAUGUGAUCUUUGCGUCGGGCCCCGAGGAGCUGCUCUCCAAGUUUUCCCGUCUGGGUCACAAAGUGGUUUUCUCAGCUGAGGGUUUCUGCUGGCCUGACCAGCGUCUGGCCUCCAAAUACCCCGAGGUGCGCGCUGGGAAACGCUACCUGAACUCAGGAGGGUUCAUCGGCUACGCUGCCGAGCUCAGCGCCAUCGUCCAGCAGUGGAAGUACAAGGACAGUGACGACGACCAGCUGUUCUACACCAAGAUCUACCUGGACAAGACACAGAGGACCAAGUUCAACAUGACCCUGGAUCAUCGAUCCCGGAUCUUCCAAAACCUGAACGGAGCUGUAGAUGAGGUCGUCCUGAAGUUUGAGAGGGCAAAGGUGAGAGCGAGGAAUGUCGCCUACGACACGCUUCCUGUUGUCAUCCAUGGCAACGGACCCACCAAGCUGCAGCUGAACUACCUCGGUAACUACGUCCCCACGGCGUGGACCUACGAGGGCGGCUGCAGCAUCUGUGACGAUGACCUGAUCUUCUUCAGCGAGGACGAGGAGAUGCCGCUGGUGUACGUCGCUGUUUUCAUCGAGCACGCCACUCCCUUCAUGGAGGAGUUCCUGGAGCGCCUGUCGACCCUGAACUACCCGACAACGAGGAUCCGCCUCUUCAUCCACAACAACGUUGUGUACCACGAGCGCCACAUCCAGAAGUUCUGGGAGCGUCACAGGUCUCUGUUCCCGGACGCCCGGGUGGUCGGACCUGAGGAGAACCUGAAGGAGGAGGAAGCUAGAACCAUGGCUGUCGAGGCGUGCAGGAAGGAUCCAGAGUGUGACUACUACUUCAGCAUCGACUCCGACGUGGCUCUGACGAACUCCGACACCCUGAGGAUCCUGAUAGAGGAAAACAAGUCCGUCAUAGCACCCAUGCUGUCCAGACACGGGAAGCUGUGGAGUAACUUCUGGGGCGCGCUGAGCCCUGAGGGAUUCUACUCCAGAUCUGAAGAUUACAUCGAGAUCGUCCAGGGCAAGAGGGUAGGUCUGUGGAACGUGCCGUACAUCACUCAGGCGUACAUGAUCAAAGGCAGCGUGCUGCGGACCAAACUGUCUCAGGUGAGCCUCUACAUGGACGAGGGGGGCAUGGACGCCGACAUGGUGUUCUGCAGGAGCAUCCGAGACCAGGGAGUCUUCAUGUACGUGUCCAACCGGGACGAGUUUGGCCGCUUGGUGGCAUCGUCCAACUACAACACGUCCAGGCUCCACCCGGACAUGUGGCAGAUCUUCGACAACCCUGUGGACUGGAGGGAGAAGUACGUCCACGAGAACUACUCCAAGAUCUUUGAAGAUGAGAAGGCCCAUGUGGAGCAGCCCUGUCCAGAUGUUUACUGGUUUCCAGCUUUCUCAGAGAAGAUGUGUGACCAGCUGGUAGAGACCAUGGAGGACCACGGCCAGUGGUCCGGUGGAUCGCAUACGGAUGAGCGUCUGGCUGGCGGCUAUGAAAACGUCCCGACUGUGGAUAUCCACAUGAACCAGAUCGGCUUUGAGAAGGAGUGGCUCAAAUUCCUCAAAGAUUACAUUUCUCCUGUCACCGAGAAACUCUAUCCUGGCUAUUACCCCAGGGCCCAAGCCAUCAUGAACUUUGUGGUGCGUUACCGUCCUGACGAGCAGCCAUUUCUGCGGCCGCAUCACGAUUCCUCCACCUUCACCAUCAACAUCGCCCUGAACAGGAAGGGCAUCGACUACGAGGGUGGAGGCUGCAGAUUCCUGCGGUACGACUGUAAGGUGGAGUCUCCCAGAAAGGGCUGGUCCUUCAUGCACCCAGGUCGCCUGACGCACUACCACGAAGGCCUGCGUGUCACCAAAGGGACCAGAUACAUCAUGGUGUCCUUCGUCGACCCCUAAACACGACGAGCGUGUGCGUAAAAGGCUGUUUGUGUGUGUGUGAGUGUGAGAAGAUUAGUCAACCUCAUCAUCAUAGAGUCAUAAAGGAGGAGAUGUGAUGACCUUGAAUGCAUCAUGAUAUCAUUUCACUGUGUCCUUAUUUCAGGUGUAUAUAAGAGAUCUGACUGUCCCUGAACACAUCGGUGUUGACAUUUCAGAGUUUUCUAUUUUUACUUUAUCUUCAUUCAUAAUUUUAGAGAAACAAAUAAAAACGGGAGAGUUUGAAGACACUCCUCCAGACACUUCAAAAUAAGAGCCUCGUGUAGAGGUUAACUCAGUUAUCACCGUGCUGCCUUACCUUUAAACGCUACCUGAAUCUAUGCAAGCAAAACACUCCACGUCUAUCAGCUGUUACAUCACAGUCCAGAAAGAUUCCCUCUGGUACCGUGUAGAUGUUCCAGUAUUACCAACGAGGUCAAGUCCAUCUCAGAAACACGUCACAUGGAUAUUCCAGAGUUUAAUUCCUCCAUGAUCAGUGAAUGUGAUACAGAGAUACUCUGUGCCACAUUUAACAGAAACUGAGUCUGUUUGGUUAAAACUGAGUUUUAAGGACGUGAAGCUCCACUUUAAACUGUUACUUUGAAACACUAAAGGCCUUUUAUGUAUCUCUGUUUUAUUCUUUGUUGUUUAGUUUUUUAAUUUCCUUUUUUAAAUCUGCAUCUGUUAGCGUUUUCAUCGGGUAGUCGUGGUCGUGGUGUGAAACACCUCCUCCUGCAGGAUUUAUGUCCUUAUUUAAAAAUGCUGUGAUGUUUCGAGUCUGAGGAGCAGCGUUUCCACCCGGCCUCUGGUUUGCUUUCUAUACAUGUCUGUUUAUCUAAAGUCUCUGGCUUUGUACAAACUGCAUUAAAUUAUUUGUUGAUGACUGACUGAAUAAAGUUUGAGAUUUUAAUAAAAAAAAGAACUGUCACA